AUGGCAGUCGAGGCCAAGCCGGAAGCAGGAGAUGUGCUUCGUAGGCCGUCGGUGCCCUACUCCUCCCUUCCAGAGCUGUCCAAACCCUUCCUGAUCGAUCCCUCGAAGCGGUCCUUCAAGCACCAAUACGCCAACGUCUACUUCGUCCGUUUGGUGGAGCUUCGACCCAUCGUAGAAGAGCACGCGAAGCGUCUGUGGGCUGAGCGUCACUGUGGGUACAUAUUCAGGAACUAUCUGACCUUAGUCAAACCUCGACUUCUCCCCCGUAUUCUCGACCUCAACAGAGGGCAGCCAUGCUACAUCGUCGGCACUGUUUACAUGGACAUGCCCCUGAAGCCAAACGUCCUUGAGGAUAUGGCGCGAAGUAAUUGGAUCGCCCCUCCUGCUCCUCGUCCGAAGUUCUACUCCAGCCAGGACGCCGUGCAUCUGGAGGACGAGUCUGGACGUGUUCGCCUAGUCGGAGAUGUCAUUCGGAAGGAGCGCGAUCGCGAAGGUGGUGGCUUUGUCACUGGAGUUAUCAUGGGCGUCUUGGGCUUCGAGAACUCUAGCGGCGAUUUCGAAGUGAUGGAACUCUGCUUCGCCGGCAUGCCCGAUGUUUACCAUCCCAGCUCAUCGGGCACAGCUAACGGCAAGGGGAAGGCAAGAGAGAGCAUGGAUGUUGACGAUGAGAGCAAGACGUGGGUUGCGCUCGUAUCGGGGCUUUCAGUUGGUAAUGAGACCUCUGCGCCGGAUCUGAAGUCGGAGCUGCUUGUUGAGUGGCUCAUGGGAGAGAAUGGCGGCGCCCAGGACCAACUGGAAGGAUCACGGAUAGCCCGUGUGAUCUUUGCGGGGAACACUCUAGCUGCACCCAUCAAGGGGCAGGAUGAUCGCAAGAUCAAGGCGGACCUGAAUCACCCGACGAAGAACUUGGCCCACAUGCUCUCGGAUUUGCUGGCGUCGUCCUUGCCCAUGAAUCUCGUCCCGGGACCUUCAGACCCGGGUGGAGCUGUUCUGCCGCAGCAGCCCAUGCCCAAGGUCAUGUUUGGAGGAAAGAAGAUGGAGGGACUUGAGUGUAACACCAAUCCCACUUGGCUCGAGAUCGGUGACCGGAGCUUCCUGUGCUCAGGAGGACAAACGAUCGACGAUGUGUUCAAGUACCUGCCUGGCAAGUCGCGCCUACCGAUGGCGAAGCGGACGCUCGAGUGGCGUCACAUCGCCCCGACGGCUCCGGACACUCUUUGGAUCUACCCGUUCCCGGACAACGACCCCUUCAUCAUCCGCGAACGGCCCAACGUGUACGUUGUCGGGAACCAACCCGAGUUCGAGACGGCCUUAGUCGGCGACGAGGACAAGACCAGAAUUGUUAUGCUGCCGAGUUUUGCGGCCACUGGCACUGUCGCACUUGUCUGCCUUGAAACUCUUGAAGUCAAGACAGUUGCGUUCGAGGUCCCCCCAUGGAUCGGGGAGGUUAAGGUGGAAAUGAAGGAGGAGUGA